CCACCAAUCUAGGAAGUGGCUGGGCCACAGGGACUGCAUAUGUAAAGCCCUACUUCAUAUUAAUAAGCUCCAAUCGGGGCUUUAAGUCCUUGAUUAGAAGAGUGCCAGAGCUUUUGGUCCCAACUGGCUGUGCUUAUAGGCUUGUCACCAGGAGAACAUUUGUGUUAAUUGCACUGCUCUGUCAGGGAAAACUUUGAUUUAUAGAGGGGGUUUGCUCAAAUUAUGGUUGCAGAGCGCACAUGGAUUCGGUAGAACUUUGCCUGCCUGAGUGUUUUUCCCUGCACUACGAAGAAGAGUAGGCUCCUCUGCAGAAUGUCCAGCAAGGAUCGGCACAUCGACUCCAGCUGUCCCUCGUACAUCAAGACUGAACCGUCCAGUCCGGCCUCGCUCACAGACAGCAUUAACCAGCACAGUCCCGGGGGCUCGUCGGAUGCCAGCGGCAGCUAUAGCUCGACCAUGAACGGCCACCAGAAUGGGCUGGACUCGCCUACGCUCUAUGGCCCCACGACGGGCCUGGGGGCCAACGGGGCGGCCCGGAAGCGGUACGACGACUGCUCGAGCACCAUCACGGAGGACUCCCAGACCAAGUGCGAAUACAUGCUCAACUCCAUGCCCAAGCGCCUGUGCCUGGUGUGUGGCGACAUCGCCUCCGGCUACCAUUAUGGGGUCGCCUCCUGUGAAGCCUGCAAGGCCUUCUUCAAGCGGACGAUUCAAGGAAACAUCGAGUACAGCUGUCCGGCCACCAAUGAAUGUGAAAUCACAAAGCGCAGGCGCAAAUCCUGCCAGGCCUGUCGCUUCAUGAAGUGUCUAAAAGUCGGGAUGAUGAAGGAAGGAGUCCGCCUAGACAGAGUACGAGGGGGCCGUCAGAAAUACAAGCGACGGAUAGAUGCAGAGAACAGCCCGUACCUGAACCCGCAGCUGGUGCAGCCGGCCAAAAAGCCAUUCCCAUUUGGCUGCCUUGCAGAUAACAAGAUUGUGUCCCACUUACUGGUGGCUGAGCCAGAGAAGAUCUACGCCAUGCCGGACCCCACGGUCCCCGACAGCGACAUCAAGGCUCUGACGACGCUCUGCGACUUGGCUGACAGGGAGCUCGUCGUCAUCAUCGGGUGGGCCAAACAUAUCCCAGGAUUCUCCACUCUGUCCCUCGCCGACCAAAUGAGCCUUUUACAAAGCGCGUGGAUGGAAAUCCUCAUCCUCGGGGUCGUCUACCGCUCCCUCUCCUUCGAGGACGAACUGGUUUAUGCGGAGGACUACAUCAUGGACGAGGAGCAGUCCAAGCUGGCCGGCCUCCUGGAGCUCAACAACGCCAUCCUGCAGCUGGUGAAGAAAUACAAGAGCAUGAAGCUGGAGAAGGAGGAGUUCGUCACCCUCAAGGCGAUCGCCCUCGCCAACUCAGAUUCAAUGCACAUAGAAGAUGUGGAGGCCGUUCAGAAACUGCAGGAUGUUUUGCACGAGGCCCUUCAAGACUAUGAGGCCAGUCAGCACGUGGAGGACCCCCGCCGGGCCGGCAAAAUGCUCAUGACCCUCCCGCUGCUGCGGCAGACGUCCACCAAGGCCGUGCAGCAUUUCUACAGCAUCAAACUGGAGGGCAAGGUGCCCAUGCACAAACUCUUCUUAGAAAUGCUCGAGGCCAAGGUCUGACUUGGAGGGUCCCGGCCUCCGCUUGUCGCGCACAGAGAACGAGCCAGGCCACCGCCACCGCUUCCAAGGGGAGACCACGGGAAGACAUUCAAAGUUAGACAACUUGAAGACAAUGGAAACUUUUGGGUUUUUAUUAUUCUAAUUUUUUUUUUAUGUUAAACAAACAGCAACUUUAAAACGAGUCAACAAUUAACUAACGACUGCACUGAGUGUUUCGCGCUAAGACUGGGAAUCAGCUUUCGACUCUCUCUUCGUCGGACUUGAACGCACCUUGGUGCUCUUCUGAAACUUGUCUUUUUUUCCAUAAAAGUUGUCUCUACAUGACGCAAGAAGGAAGCCAGCCCUGCCAAAGGAUGGAAGUCCAUGCCAUGGAUACCAGCGAAUUUCCCACUAACGUCCCCACGUAGCGAAAGGAAUCAAGCUGAAGGCGUCUCACCUUGCAGUCCGGCGUGGCGCAUCGCGGUAUCGGGUUUUCGACGAGCAGUCUCUAAUUAAAUGACCGAGUGUCGUUUCAGUCGGCUGUUUCUUAUCAUUGUGUUCUCCUUCUAGAUCAGUUACAGCCAUUUGAUUCCUUCCUUCAUUGUUUUCUUUCAAGUCUUCCAGAUCCUUCAUAGGUUUUCGUAACUUAUCGCUACUCUUUCAGGGAAUACUUUAAGCUUUAUUCACUCAUGCAAUACAAGAACAACGACAACGAAUAUACUGCAUUUCUUUUUCAAUGCGGCAUAAGCAAUGAAGAACAACGAUGAAGGACAAAAGAAAAAAAGAAAAAAAACAAUAGUAAUAAAAAAAAAACUUUUAAGAAAGAUUUUUUUAUAAUAUUUUGUUGAUAAUUAAUUGAGAUUUUUUGUAACAGCUUUAACACUUUCAGCCAUUUUAUUAAUUGUGUGAAUUUUCUCUUCUUGAGCAAUAGUUCUUAAAACAAAAAAGGGAAGGUGCAUAUGAAGCUAUAUGCAAUUUUCGUUGUGUGCCAGUCUAGUCAAGGACGCAGUUUGUUUGUUUGUUUGUUUGUUUGUUUGUUUUUCCUUUUGUUCAUUUCUCUAAAUAAAGACGUGCUUCUUCCGAGAUUGAAUCCCACUGUUAGAUUACAACGCGCGCGCACAAACACACGCAAAUCAAGGAGGACGACGACGACGACAACAUGGAUCGGUUAAGGCGACGGGACUGGCCAGGCUGACGAGCACUCGGAGCCGCGGCCAUGUUUGUGCGAAGCGAGUCCCUCCAAGCACCUUCCAGAUGGAUCUGGAUUACGUCAGUCAAGUAGUAGGCGAGGAGCUUCUGGCUUCCUCCGUUAGCGUAAAAUCAAGAUUGUAAGCCAAGCCGAAGCCGCGUAUUGGAACAAAAGGAAAUUUCGUACUCCUGCUUUCUGAAUGUUUCACGUUUGCUCUGCUUCUUCUUCUCCAGCCUUGGGGUUCUCUUUUCCUUUGGCACAGUCGUCGUCACCAUCUGUCGUUGUUUUCUCUUUGGUCGAACGUUGCGUUGGAGGCCUGUCGUCUUUCUUGUUCUCGUGAUGUUUCUUAAUUGCUUUACUUGUUUUUUUCU